AGAUUUUGAAUCGGUCAAUGUACUUGUUGAAAAAACAAAUGAAGAGUUGAGUGAUCAAAAAUUUGUAGAAUGUCACAAAGAUACCACUGUAGAUUCUCUAUUAUACGCGGAUUAUCGCACAAAAAGUUCUAGUAACAAGAAGAGAGAAAGAGGAAAAGACAAAAGUGAAAAGGUUGACGGAAAGAGAAGGUAUUAUGGAACUAGCUAA